AUGCAUCCAUCACUUGGUCUCUUAAGUGAAAUUGAACGAUGGACACGUAAACAAUGUUUAAUUAAUAAUUUACUUGAACAAUUAAAAUCUAAAGAAUCACAAAAUAAAUGUCGUGAUAAAACAAAAUUUCUUCAAACAAUUCGUCGUUCUUUAGAAAAGUUAACUGAAGAUCCACAUCCACAAAAUUGUGCUGUUAAUAUUUUACCUGCUUUAUGUGAUGCCAUGAGAACUGUUGAAUCAGUAUCAAGAUAUUAUACUAGACAAGCUUAUUUAGAUUUAAUUUUUACAAAAGUUACUAAUCAAUUAGUUAAAAUUUGUGGAAUCAUCGAUGACAUUAAAGAAAAUUUUCAUCUUGAUAAACGAGAUGUAAAGCGUUUUCGUGAAGUACCAAAAGGAUCAAUACCAUUAGAAACAAAUUCAAUUAAUGAAAGUACAUUUCAACGUUUAAAAAAUUGUCUUCUUUUACAAGCAUCUUACAAAGAAAUAUUUCGUACUUUACGUGAUGCACUUGGUGGUUCACAAAUGUUAACAUCUACAGCUUUUUCAGCAACAUCAUCAUCAACAUUAAGUGAAACAACACAAGCAAGUGGAAUUUUAAUGUCACAAGAUGAAAAAAUUUUUCAACAUUUCAAUGAAUUUUGUCGUCGAUUUGAACAAAUGCUUGAUAUGACAAUUAUACUUAAUCAAUUUUCACAACUUAUAACUACAACUGUUCGUUUACCUAAACCAAAACGAGCAGAUGUAAUCGAAGCUGAAAAUAUUGCUAAUCGUGCAGAUGCUCGCAAACGUGAAGACGAAGAAGAACGAGAAGAAGAAAGAAAUGAUAAUAAUAAUAAUGUUGAGAAUGCUUCAGAUGAAGGUAUUGACGAUAGAGGUAGUGAUGCAGGUGUGACAAAAAAUGAUUAUCUCACAUCAACUGUAUCAAAAACUGAUCUUGAAUUGAUGAGUAUAUUUGAUUUAAUUCAUAAACAAUUUACUUCAUUAACACAUGAAAUUGAACAAUUAAUUGGUGCUUAUGUUAAUGUUAUGUUUUCAAAAACAAAACGUACACAUGAAGGUUUAUUUAUCUUAGCAAGUUUUGAACCUAUUUGUGAACGAAAUUAUCUCCGUUCGAUUCUUCGUGAUGCUUAUGUUAAUUUAUGUCUUACUGCUAUUGCUUGGUCACGUACAUUAUUAACAAAAAUUGAACAAGCAAUGAAUGUAUUUAAAUUAAAUCAACAUAUUAUUACAUUAGGAAAUUUUCCAUUAAUAUCAAAACUUUAUAAUCGUACAGCUAAAGCAUUACUUGUCUAUGAACAAUUCUUAUUAGCACGAUGGAAAGAAAAAAUUGAUGCAUGA